AUGGAAAUGCAAAAGGUCGCAAUUAUUGUUAACAAACAAAUUCGAGCCAAAUAUAGGCAUCUAAAACCUCAUUCAUUACUUAAAGAAAUUCGUGAACUUUUAUCACAUAUGUUAGAAGAUGAAUUAUUUUUAAUAAAUGAUUCUGCAAUUUUCUUUGAAGACUUGAAUGGAAAUAAAAUCGAUAAAUCUCAAGAAAAUUCAAUCCGUUUACGAGGCAUACUUCUUUAUGGUUAUAUUUUAAAUAUUAUUGUGGAAAAACAUGAUGCGACAACCGCUACUAAGAGUGGUCAUAAAAAUUCUACAAAAUAUAAAAUUUUCGAUCGUAUAAGAGCAGAAUUUACUGUGGAUGAAUGUGAUGUUGAACCAACUGAUCAUUUUAUAAGUGAAGUAAUUGAUGCGUUAAAAGGUCCUAGAGAUAAACAACAAGAAAACUUAAUAGAAGUCACAAAAAAGUUUGGAGAAUUCUGGGCACAGAGCGUAUAUCUGGGAGGAUUUGCUUUACAAACACUUAAUAAUGCUAGUGAUUCUCACAAUAUUUCCCAGGUAAAUAGAGGUCAAACAAUCGGUGGAAGUAGCAAUGAACUAUUAUCCAACACUGGAUUUGAAAAUAUUGCUUCUGGAUCAAGAACAACACAAAUUCAGGAUUUAAUUUGGUUUGGUGGUGAUGAUAUCGAUAUUUCCUGUGAAGAGGAUCUUAGUGUGUGGACUAAAUCAAUUAAGCAAAAAAAUUGGAAUGUUGUCAAAUUUAUUAAAAUAAUAUCAAUUUUUGAACUUUUAAACAAAGAAUUGCGAAAUCAAGUACUUCGUGCUUUUGGUAAAACAAUUUUUUAUUCCAAGGUCGAUUCUUUGAAUUUCAUAUUAGACUUAUCAAAGAUGGAACCAUACGCUUACGAACUAAGUAUACCAAAAAAUCUUCCUAGCACAGAUUAUCAAGUAUUUGCUAUGAUCAUGAGUAAAUCUAAGCAAGAUGAUGUUUUUGGAAUGCGUAUUGUGUACGAAAAUAAUAAAAAACCGGUUAUUCUUCUUCAUAGAAUUGGCACUAAAACAAAAUUCAAAUCACGCAGAAAACAAUAUUCACUAGAGAUUGGAUGGGUUGUUAUUGGUUAUCCAAACAAAUUUGAUUUUGGUAAAUAUAAAAUUGAGAGGAGUUUAGUUAGCGAAAAAGUAGACAUAGAUCUUCAAGGUAAUAAUAAUGUUUAUGACUAUAGACGAUCUACUAUAGUAACUGCGCAGCACUUUCAUGAUAAAACUAGUGGUUUAAGUUCAUGCAUAUUUGUUCAUGAUUUGUAUAAACGAAAAUAUGUUAACAUUUUACAAGAACUUGAAAACCUUACUUUUGAAUACAGCAUAAUUAAUGAUCAAGAAAAUUCAAAACAAGUUGUCAUCACAUGGGAUAAAUCAGUACUUUCUAGAGCAAAGAUUCUUUCUGGUACCAUCAAAAACUCAAAUUUAAAUUUGAACCAUCCUAACUUCUUGACCUUAUUAUAUGAUGAUGAUGGUUAUUGCAAUUGUUCAAAUGAAUUUGUUAAUAUAUGUCCUGAUUGUGUAAUGUUAAGAUCAUUAGGUGAAUUUAAUCAACAGAACAGUCUCGCAAUUUAUUACUACCCGACAGAUGACACCUAA